UGCUCCAUCCGCCGGCUCCCAUAAAGACAUCACCAUGGCAACGAGCAUCUCAUCAAAAUACGACAACACCCCCAAACGUCUGAUACGUUCAGGCUCUCCUGAUGUCUACCAGCUGCUGCCAAAGAAAGAGGACAUAGGAACUCUUAAAAAACUGACUCUGGGUAAAAGAGAUCCAAAGAAGACCAACAGAACCAUCUUACUUGUUGGUGAAACUGGAACAGGAAAAUCUACUCUGAUCAACGCUCUGGUGAACUACGCCAUGGGGGUGAAGUGGGAGGACAACAUCAUGUUUCAGAUCAUUGAAGAGGAGAAAAAUACUGCCCAAGGGGGACCUCAGAAAGAAAGUCAGAGUGUAAGUCAGACCUCAGACGUGAUCGUGUACGAGAUCUUUGGUUUUGAAGGUAAAACCCUGCCCUACUCUCUGACCAUCAUCGACACUCCUGGAUACGGAGACACCAGAGGAGCUGAGGAAGAUGACAGGAUCAGUCAGAGAAUGUUGGACGUGUUCCGCUCAAAGGAUGGAGUCCGUGAGAUGAAUGUCAUUUGUCUGGUGAUGAAAUCUACUGAGAAUCGACUCAGCGACCGUUUGAUGUACAUCUUUGAUUCGGUGGUGUCUCUGUUUGGAAAAGACAUGGAGAACAACAUCAUCUCCCUCAUCACACACUCAGACAUGAUGACACCCACAAAUGUUCUGCAAGCUCUUGAGGCUGCACACAUCAAGUGUGCCAAAGAUGAAGAUAAUCAGCCCGUUCAUUUUAUGUUCAAUAAUCACCAUGGCAAAGAGAGAACAAAGGAAAAUAAGUUUGUUUUAAAAUGUGCAUGGGACUUCACAAACGGCCAAAUGGAAGAAUUCACUGAGUUCCUUCUAAAGCGUGAUGCUCAGAGCCUGGUAAAAACUGUUGAAGUGUUGAAUGAACGCAUCAGACUGACGGCCUGCAUCCAGAACCUGCAAGACCGAGUCCAGCUGAUCGAACUAAAGCAGAGAGAAGCUCAACAGAUUCAGGAAGCUCUGAAGAAACAAGAAGAACAGAUGAAGAGGAACGAAGAAGAUUUUGAUACAGCUAAAAAAAAAACACCAGACAGAGAUCCAGCAGACUAAGGAAGAGAUGAAGAAACAUGAA